UGGGAUCCCUUGACAAACGCACGGCCGUGUUCCUCAUUACAUCACAUGAGGCCCGAAAUACGCAAACUCAUUGGGCACAUAAAAAAACAAAACAAAACAAAAAAACCCACACGCACCACAACUUCCGUUUGUAUGCGUUCAUUUUAAUUAGUGUUAUACUUUCAAACUUGAUAUAGAGACAAAAGCAUCGCAAAACAAGAUAUAAGCCUGGCUGCCCUCCACAAUCCUGCCGCAACCAUGCCUAAUCUUGGCAGCAUGUCGGACCAAGAGCUCGCCUCUCUGCUGGACCAGUAUGAAAUCAAACACGGUCCUGUCGUUGGAACUACCCGGAAACUAUAUGAAAAGAAGGUUCUUGAAGCAAUGAGCAAAGAGAAGAAGCAGGGCAAGGUAAAGAAGCCAUCGCCAGACAAGACCUAUUACAGGGAGGAAGAGACAGAAACCUUCAUCUCAUAUCCAGCUCAAUACACGACACCGUCCCACUAUGAAGUUUUUUCUGACGGAGCCAGUCGCUACUCCGACCCAGAGACAAGAUACAGCUCUGUGACCGACACAAACACGCCAUCCCUGUCUGGAUCUCCCUGGAAAAGAGAUGGCUUUGGAGAUUCAGCCAGUCGCUACUCCGACUCACAGACAAGGUACAGCUCUGUGACCGACACGAAAACGCCAUCCCUCCCAGGAUCUUCCUGGAAAAGAGAUGGCUUUGGAGACUCAGCCAAUCGCUACUCCGUCCCAGAGACAAGGUACAGCUCUUUGACCGACACAAACACGCUAUCCCUCUCCGGAUCUCCCUGGAAAAGAGAUGACUUUGGAGAUUCAACCAGUCGCUACUCCGUCCCAGAGACAAGGUACAGCUCUGUGACCGACACAAACACGCCAUCUCUCUCCGGAUCUCCCUGGAAAAGAGAUGGCUUUGGAGACUCAGCCAGUCGCUACUCCGACUCACAGACAAGGUACAGCUCUGUGACCGACACGAAAACGCCAUCCCUCCCAGGAUCUUCCUGGAAAAGAGAUGGCUUUGGAGACUCAGCUGAUCGCUACUCCGACCCACAGACAAGGUACAGCUCUGUGACCGACACAAACACGCCAUCCCUCUCUGGAUCUCCCUGGAAAAGAGAUGAGUUUGGAGACUCAGCCAAUCGCUACUCCGACUCACAGACAAGGUACAGCUCUGUGACCAAUACAAAAACGUCAUCCCUGUCCAGAUCUCCCAGGAAAAGAGAGGGCUUUGGAGACUCAUCCAGGCAGAUCUACGGCAGAGAGGCCAUGUACCGAAACGUGUCUCACUCUAACCCGUCCCCGCUGAAACCUUCCACCGCAUCAGCAUCUAGGGCAGUUCCAGCCAGCUCCGCCCAGGAAAAGGCUCCGGAGAGAAAGCACUAUAUCCCAGUCUGGUUCCAGUUCCUGAUUUUCUUGAUAUUUGCUUUGUUUCUCUACUAUGUUUUCACUAGCAUGGAAACUCCACCCAAAAACCCCUUUGAGAGGAAAAGUUAAGCAUGGCCAGACCUUCAUUCCGAAGCCACCAUUCCCUGCAUUUCAAGGUGCAGGUCCUCCACAGCUGUACGGCCCAAGUUUUGGGGUUCUCUUUGGGUUUGGGGGUUCUGUACAUGACUGAAACUCAAGUGCAUGUAAGACUGACUUCUCUCAAUGUCCAACUGUGUCCUCUUGUGCCUAUGAAGUGGUGAAGCACUAUAUAGCGCACUAAAAAACUUAAAUUCAACAACAAGCGUUUUGUCUAGAAGUCGUUUGCAGUGUCCUCUGAAGACAUUGAAAAAGACUUCUAGUGAAAACGUUUGCCAUGGAAAGUUAGUUUUCCUGACUUCAGCAUCUACUGAGUGUUUAACCCUUUGCGGUCCUAUGUCAGACCAGGUCCGGCAUUACAAUGUUCCCUUUCCAGUCUGAUGUCGGAC